AUGUGGCUUGCAUUGUCACCGAAAGAGCGUCACUGCCGAGGAGAAACCAGCAGAGAAGACACCUGGGCUGCCUUGCUCAGAGCAGCGGCCAAGUGAGGAGGAGCAGACAUGUGGCAGGAGUUCUUUCCAAACGCCUGGGAGACCAUCUUGUCCCGGAUCAGGUCUUUUGAAUAUUCUCAGAAGAAUGCAGUCCUGGUCCCUGCAGCCACCCUGGGGGUUGGAGGGAUGCUGGUUUUCUGGCUGAGGUCUAGGCACAAGAUCAAGACUCUUGAAAUGGGUGAUGGAUGGUGGGGCUCAGGUGAAAGACCCCUAAAAGGCAAAGAAGAUGAAAGUAUCCGUCCCUUCAAAAUUGAAACAUCUGACAAAGAAAUCGAGGACCUGCACCACCGCCUGGAGCAGGCCCGCUACACACCGCCACGGGAAGGGGCCGCCUUCCACUAUGGCUUCAACUCCAGCUACUUGCGGAAGGUGGUGGCCUACUGGAGGAACCAGUUUGACUGGCGUAAGCAAGUGGAAGUCCUGAACAAAUAUCCCCAUUUCCAAACCACUAUUGAAGGGAUUGAUAUCCAUUUUAUCCACGUGAAGCCAUCCUAUGUCCCUCACGGUCGGGCUGUUCAACCUCUGCUGAUGGUCCACGGCUGGCCCGGCUCCUUUUAUGAGUUCUACAAGAUCAUCCCUCUGCUCACGGAGCCAGCCAGGCAUGGCCUGAACGAGGGUGACGUGGUGUUUGAGGUCAUCUGCCCAUCCAUCCCAGGCUACGGUUUCUCGGAGGCACCACACCAGAAAGGUUUUGACACCAUAGCAACUGCUCGGAUAUUUCAUAAGCUGAUGAACAGAUUGGGCUUCAAGCAAUACUACGUACAGGGAGGAGACUGGGGAUCUCGUAUUACCACAAACAUGGCCCAAAUGCUGCCACAAUCCGUGAAGGGGCUUCAUCUGAAUCUCAUCUUCAUCAACAGACAAGGUUUGAGAAGGAUGAUUUCUGUGAUGCUUGGGGCUUAUGUACCAUGGCUCGUAGGCCUCACUAGGGAAGAUGUUCGACGUACGUACCCUUUCCUCCAGAAGAAUAUAUAUGACCUUCUGCGAGAGUCUGGUUACUUACACAUCCAAGCCACUAAACCAGACACUGCAGGUUGUGGACUGAAUGACUCCCCUGUGGGGCUUGCUGCAUAUAUUCUGGAGAAAUUCUCUACCUGGACAGAUAAAUCGUUUCUGCAUAAAGAUGAUGGAGGCUUGGAAAGCAAAUACUCUCUUGAUGAGCUUUUGACCAACGUGAUGAUUUAUUGGGUGACAUCCUCCAUUGUGUCCUCAAUGCGAUUCUACAAGGAGAACCUCUCCAAGGACCCUCGUCUAACUGCUGAUGCCAGGGUUGGAGUAUAUGUUCCCACAGGGAUUGCAGCUUUUCCUCAGGAGAUAGUACAUACACCACGUGCCUGGGCAAAACAGAUCUUCAAGAACAUCAUCACUUACUCUUACAUGCCACGUGGAGGGCAUUUUGCCGCCUUUGAGGAACCAAAGCUUUUGGCACAAGACAUCAUGCAGUUUGUCAGAAAGGUGGAACAGCUGUGAACCUGCAGUUCACAUACACAGAAUGGAAGCAAG